AUGAAUAUCUGGAUCUGUUCCUUCUCUCUCAGUGGGAUCAUGAAGCCGGGACUGAACGCCAUCAUGGGAGCGACAGGAAGCGGCAAGUCAUCCUUCCUGGACGUGUUGGCAGCGAGGAAGGAUCCCGCCGGCCUGUCGGGAGAAGUCCUGAUCGACGGAGCUCCUCAGCCUCCGAACUUCAAGUGUCUGUCAGGAUACGUGGUGCAGGACGACGUGGUGAUGGGAACUCUGACCGUCAGAGAAAACUUCACCUUCUCUGCAGCGCUUAGACUCCCGUCCUCCGUCAGCGCCCAGGACAAAGAACAGAAAGUCAACAAAGUGAUUCAAGAACUCGGACUGAGCCGAGUGGCCGACUCAAGGGUGGGCACUCAGCUGAUUCGUGGGAUCUCUGGCGGUGAGAGGAAGAGGACGAACAUCGGCAUGGAGCUGAUCAUCGACCCUCCUGUCCUCUUCCUCGACGAACCAACCACAGGCCUCGACGCCAGCACCGCCAACUCUGUACUACUGCUGCUCAAGAGGAUGGCGAACCACGGUCGCACCAUCAUCCUGUCGAUCCACCAGCCUCGUUACUCCAUCUACCGUCUGUUUGACAGCCUCACGCUGCUCGUCACCGGGAAACAGGUUUAUCACGGACCAGCGCAGAGCGCACUGGAGUAUUUCUCAGAUGUCGGAUACACCUGUGAGCCCCACAACAACCCUGCAGACUUCUUCCUCGAUGUCAUCAACGGAGACGCCACCGCAGCCGUUAGCAACAACGUGGACAAAGAAG